GGCACCACGCUAGCAUUGUUUACACGUUGGCAGAAAAGUUUACAAAUAAGUCCUGUUCAAUCAUUAUGAAGUUGAAAAGUGUUACGGCAAGAGGAACCUUUAAUUUGGUUGUAAUUAGUGCAGUUAUAUAUUUACAAUGUCAGUGUUGUAAUGCUAAACCUUUGCUAAAAGGCAAGAAGCCCCAUAGCAAGGAAGUCAAUUCACUUCCUGGUGAACAUUUAGAACUCGGCCCUGAGGCUGAAGAUUUGCACCCACCUGAUCAUAUAGCCGGACUAAAAAUAGAAAGAGAUGGACAUGUAAACAAGGACUUUCAUCAGGAAGUGGUAAUGGGUAAUGUAAAGAUGCAUCCAGACGACCCAGAAGUGGAGCAGACGCAGAAGUUGACAGAUAUUUUUCAUCGAAUGGAUACAGAUGAUGACAAUUUCAUUACACUGGAAGAGCUGGAGACCUGGAUAAAGGACAAAGUAGAGGAGCAUAUGGAUGAAGCAGUCGAACAAAACAAUGAAAUAUUCCUGGCUAUUGAUUCUGAUAAGGAUGGUGCGUUGACAUGGUCAGAAUAUCACCAGCACUUCCUCGUUCAUAAAGGAGGUGUGAAUGAGAAAUAUGCCAAGCUUCACCAACAGAUUCAUAAUGGCAAGCAAGAGCACAAUGAUGACCUUGACUACAAAUAUCGGGACGAGAUCUCACAGGACAAUUUCCGCUGGACGGAGGCAGAUGAGGAUCAUGACAAAAAGCUCAGCAGCCAUGAAUUUCUCGGAUUUCGACAUCCAGAGCAUAGCAAGGUGAUGCUGGAGAGUAUGGUGAGGGACAUCCUCGCUUCGCUAGACUCGAAUAAAGAUGGUCAACUGACGGCAGAGGAGUUUGCGAUGCUGCCACCUGGCGAGGUGGAUGAGAAAUGGCAGGAGCAGGAUCGGGCUUUCCAGCAAGAGAGGGAGAAGGAGUUUCAUGAACACAUUGACAUAGACCACAACGGUGUGGCAUCAUUCGAUGAGUUGAUGGCAUACACGGACCCGCGCAACUCACUGCACGCGAAGAACGAGGCAUUCAACCUACUACAGUUUGCCGACCGCGACCACGACGGCCGACUCUCACUCGCCGAGAUGCUAGACAUGCGAGACCUGUUCCUUGGAUCCAACGUGGCCAACCCCGCCCAGUCGUUCCAUGACGAAUUCUAAAUCGGGGGCGUUUGUCCAGCCGGCUCCCUCCGACUGUCGUGAUCAUUUCAUACCGAUCUUCCCAAACAAAUGCAAACCUUCCUCGUACGGGUCACCUAUCAAUCGUGACCUAUCAACACGCAUAGUCACUAGCAGUGAGUGCUGAUUGGCCGAUUUCACGUGCCGCCAUAUUGGAUCUGCUUGGUUCCACCUAAUAAGCAGGAUCAGUUUGAUUGAUGGAUUCACUGUCAUAGGGCAGUGACCCAAACAAAUAAGCAGUCAGAUAACGAAGAUAGCAGCCAGUUUAUUAGUUGCAAUUAGGGUUGCACAGCAACAUAAUCCAGAAAGUAGAGCUCUGUAAUGAUUAACAGAUUAGUGUAUAGGGUUAUCAGCCAGGCAGCUAUGCAGCACAAAACCUACUUACACGUUAGAAGCAGAAGAAAUCGUCAGUUUGUUGAUGCUAAAAAUUACAACAUUUGUAUCGCAAAAUUUUGGGCAGAAAUUAUAUUUUGGAGUGAUUUGGUGCUGGAUAUUCAAAUAUUUAUUAGUAAACUAAUCUGUGAAUAAGGAUUAUUUUGGUGUAAUUUAUGGGUUAGUGGACUCGCAUGCGAAAACCGUUAUAGUAACGAUACUAUGACGUGAUGCUAGCUUACAGUGCUAUCUACUGGCUGCUCCCUCAUGGCAAAUAUGCUAGGUACAUUUGUAGCUCUGUUUGAGCCUGUAGGUGUUGCAGUGUUACUUAUGUAGGUUUCAUAGUCUUUAAUUAUCAUGCAAUGAUAUUCAUUGUAUUCUGUGAUUCAUGUCUUUUCACUCCGAUUGGUUCUAUCGUUGUACGUGUUAAGAUGUAUAGUACACGUGCGCUGAAGAACGGGAAAUGGCAACUUCAGUUACUGUUGCAAAUGCUGGUAUAUGUAUGGCUUGCAUAAUUUUCUAACUUUGUACAUCACCACGAAGCUGUUUAUUGAACAGACUUUUUAUGAUUGUGUG